AGCCGCCCUUUCUCGAUCAGUGGGGUGGUCCUCCUGGGAGAGUUUGACGAUGACUUCGUUUCCCACGCGCUCGACCGCGAGCGGGUGUUUUGCGACUCUGGGCCGUGGCUGGCCCUACUGGCGUCGAUGGUGGGAUGGUUUUGGUCGAGUGUCGGUUCGGAGAUGCGGCCGCCGUGGAGAUGAUGGUCGACUCGGGCGCGCAGCACAGCGUGAUCUCGGCCCCGUUAGCUCGAAGGCUCGGCCUGAUGAACCGCUUGGAUCGGUCCGAGCAGGGCGUCGCCGCGGGAGUCGGAAGAGCGCGGAUCAUCGGCAAAUUACGGUCCGUGGCGAUCUACCUGAAGAACGUCGAGUUCGCUUCCGCGUAGAAUUUGAAUUUCACGGCCCCCCACGCUAUCAACGCAAUGCUGUGCGCACGCAGGUUCGCUUUAGACUUCUCGGUUCUAGAAGUACAAGAUCAGUUGUUGUUACUGGGCCUCGACCAGCUCCGCCGCUUCAGAUGCAUCAUUGACCUUGAGCAGAACGUCCUCGUGUUCGGCGGCGCCGGCGGCGUGCAGGUACCCUUCCUCGAGCAGGAGCGCGUCCGGCGCUACAUCCAGGGGACUCCCCUCGACGGCUGCCGGCAGAUGUGAGUGUGUA